AUGGGUGCUAGGAACUGUGCGUGCACACAUGCGCGGACAGUGGCCACGGGACGAGCACACAGUGCGCAUGUCCCCUCCGCACGCACGCACGCAUGGGAUGUGAGCACAGUGCACACAUCUACUCCGCAUGCACGGUGUGGGGUCAGGAUCUACGUGCAUGUCCUGUCGCAUGCAGCUGAUUUUUUUUUUUAUGAAACUUUCAUCAGCGACAGCUCGGCGGAUCGCGAAAAAGUAAAAGGGGGCGGCAGCUCCCAUCACCGCCCACUGACCUUGCAGAAUGUGGUUUUCUCUUCUUCCCCAACUCGAUCUCUCUUCUUCCUCACGAUUCAAAUCCCCCUCUCCGCAACCAUGACCGAAAAGCCUCCUGUCAAACCCCUCUCCCCGCAAGACUGGGAUUCCCUCAUCGAUGACUUCCAUUACGGUGGUUCACGCCGCCAGAAAUGGACCUCAGUCUACCCAUUCUCCACCCUUCUCGAUCUUGCUCUCUCCUCUCUCCUCAAAAAGGACUUCCCUCUCUACCACAAGCUCUCUCUCAUAAUCCUCCUCGAAGAGUUCUCUCUCACCUUUUUCGACGAACUCGCCACCGCCGGCGAGACCAGCUCCCUCGACCGCCUAAAUGAAGCGGUUCGUUCUGUUGUUCAGUCUCCAGUUGAUAAUCUUCACAUUACUUACGCCCUUAAGGAGCAGCUCCUGGUCUCUGCAACCUCUAUCUUCAUCUCCAUCGAUGCCCUGCGCCGAUUCCAUGUUCGUCACGUGGAAAGCAUGGUAGAGCUUCUGCUCACUCUCAUCAAUCGACCUAAUCAUAGCAUCGACCGCCACACCCGGGCCAGUGCAUGUGAGUGCUUGCGUGAAUUCGAGAAGUGUUAUCCUUGUCUGCUGUCUGAUGUUACUGGUCAUUUGUGGGCAUUGUGUCAAAGCGAGCGUACCCAUGCUUCUCAGUCUUAUCUUUUGUUGUUUACUACUGUCGUGUGUAAUAUUGUCACUCACAAGUUGAGCGUUUCCGUUUUGAGCACUGCUGCCCCUUUGGUUCCAUUCAAUGCGCCUCAGUGGCUGAUUUCGGGUUCCGGCAAAGAGGUUAUUACGGGUCUGAAUCACAAGGAGCUACGGCGGGCUAUGUCGUUUCUUUUAGAGUGGCCGCAGGUUUUGACGCCUUGCGGAAUGGUAGAGUUUGCGGGGAUGAUAAUGCCUUUGGCUGUGGCUCUGGAGUUACAGGUGUCUAUGUUGAAGGUGCAAUUCUUUACGAUGAUUUAUUCGUUUGAUCCUUUGUUGUGUCAUGUUGUUUUGAUGAUGUAUUUUCACUUCCCCGAUGCCUUCGAUGGGCAAGAGGCGGAUAUUGUGAGACGCCUUAUGUUGCUUUCGAGGGAGACGCAACAAUUUUUAGUCUUUCGCUUGCUUGCAGUGCAUUGGUUGUUGGGUAUGCUGAAUAAAUUGAUGUUCAAUGGAGAGGUAGGGAAAAAGAAGUCGAUUCUUGAGAUGGGUUCGAGGUUUUAUCCAAGUGUGUUUGACUCACUUGCCUUGAAAGCACUGAAGCUUGAUUUGCUGGCUCGCUGCUCCAUUUCUAUUAAUUUGAAUAAGGAGAUUUUUGAUGAUGGAAACUUUGUAGUGAAAUUGUUUGAAGAUGGUUUGGUUUGUGUUUCGGCUUUCAAAUGGUUGCCUCCUUGGAGUGCAGAAACUGUAGUGGCUUUCCGCAGUUUCCAUAAGUUUUUGAUUGGUGCAUCAUCUCACUCGGAUACUGAUCCUUCCACAACUAGAACUCUCAUGGAGUCCAACAUCUUCCGCUCUUUGCAGGGGAUGCUAGUGGACAUGACACUUGAAUUUCAGAGAUUGGUUCCAAUCAUCGUUUCUUUUGUUGAUCGCUUGUUAAGUUGUCUAAAGCAUCAAUGGUUGGGAGAAUGCUUGCUUCAGACAAUCGAUAAGCAUUUACUUUCAAGAGUCCCGAUAGAUUAUGGAUUAGUUUCUUACUUCCCAAUAUUUGAUCGAAUUGCUGAAAAUGAUACGAUACCUCCUCGUAGAUUGUUGGAUCUGCUUACAAAAUUUAUGGCUUUCCUUGUUGAUAAACAUGGACCUCAUACGGGAGUAAAGUCUUGGUCUAGAGGAAGUAAAGUUCUAGGCAUUUGUCGAACCAUGAUGAUGCACCAUCAGAGCUCAAGAUUGUUCCUUGGGCUCUCUCGACUUCUUGCAUUCACAUGUCUUUACUUCCCUGAUUUGGAAGUUCGUGACCAUGCUAGGAUAUACCUGAGGAUGCUGAUUUGUGUUCCAGGAUUAAAACUGAGAGACAUGCUGAACGUUGGUGAGCAACUCCUUGGCAUUUCACCAGCUGCACAUCCCAGUUCGUUCUUCAAUAUUCAGUCACCUCGACAUCGUCAUCAUGAUUUCAAUAAAUCUAGUAGUAUCCUGUCCUACAUUCACCUUGAGCGAGUGAUUCCCCUUCUUGUCACAUCUUGGUCAUUGUCCUUGUCAUCUUUGGGUAUUGGAAGUGACAAAAGUUGUUAUUUGAUACGAACUAGAAGCAGUCUAAAUUUUCAGUCAUCAGAAAAUGAAAAAAGUAAUCUGUCAAGGGAGCCAUUACGUGUUAUGGACUCAAAGAUCUCAGAGAUCUUAGGAACACUCAGAAGAUACUUUUCAUGUAUUCCUGAUUUUAGGCAUAUGUCAGGGCUUAAGGUUAGAAUACCAUGUAUCUUGAGAUUUGAAUCUGAGCCUUUCAAUUGCAAACAGGAAGGUGACUCCUCUACUAUUAGCUCAGAUGGAGUCAAUGCCUUUCCUGCUAUAUAUGGAACUGUACUCAAAUUUUCAUCCUCAGCACCAUAUGGAUCUAUUCCCCCAUGGCGUGUGCCUUUUCUUCUUGGUGAACCUCCCAGAAACAGUUAUCUUUCUGGUGAAAAUGUUUCUCUAGACGUUGUUCCGGUGGAAAAUGGUUCUGGAGAAUUCAAGGAAGGAUUCAAAGCUUCUGUUAUAAUUUAUUUGGAACCAAGGGAACCAACACCUGGUCUGGUUGAUGUUUCUAUUGAAACAAAUGCAGAAGAUGGUCAAAUAAUCUGUGGUCAGCUUCAAAGCAUCAUUGUGGGUAUAGAAGACAUGUUUCUCAAAGCAAUGGUCCCAUCUGGCAUCCUAGAAAAUCACAUACCCAGUUAUUACUCUGAUCUGUUCAGCGCUCUAUGGGAGGCAUGUGGCACUUCUUCCAGCACAGGACGAGAAACCUUUCCAUUGAAGGGAGGAAAGGGAGCUGCAGCAAUCAAUGGAACUCAAUCAGUCAAACUUCUUGAAGUUCCUGCAGAGGUUCUGAUCCAGGCUAUAGAGCGAUUCCUGGCACCCUUUGUUGUAAGUGUGAGUGGUGAAGAGCUUAUUAAUAGGGUAAAGGAUAGAGGAGUAAUCAGGGACAUCAUCUGGAAGGAAAUACCCUCAGAAUCUUUCCUUGUCUCCAUUUCGGAUGUGGAUCGGGUCCCUGUUCAUCUUCUUACUUACACUAGUGACAAAGAUGAAAAAGAAAUUCCUGUCAACAUAAGCAAGAGGAAUAUAGGUUGCUUUAAUGUAUUGAUUUUUCUUCCUCCAAGAUUCCAUUUACUCUUCCAGAUGGAAAUUAGUAACAUUUCAACUUUAGUUCGUGUCAGAACUGAUAACUGGCCAUGCUUGGCUUACAUUGAUGAUUACUUGGAAGGCUUGUUUUGGGUCUAGAAACAACACUUUGCUGUUCAAAGCACAUUACUGAAGACCCAAAUUCUCAUGCUGUCCAAUUCACUCAGCUGGUGAGAGAUCCUUACCAUUUUGUUCUAGAUUAUUUGGCCAUAUAUGGGUAAUAGUUUUUCUCCUUCCCCCAGAAUAAAGUUCGGUGUAUAUAGCUCUAUCUCUGUGAAUGAGCCCUUGUCAGAAGUUUUAAAUCUGACAUGUUUUAACUUAAAUUUCUUUGAUAAUUGUUUCUCUUUUUUUUUGGAGGGAGAAUGACAUCUCCGUUUUGUCAUGGUAGUUAGAACAAUUUUUCGUGUGAAUCGUAAACUUGUAAACAUCAUAAAUUUUUCUCUUUUGGUAAAAAGUGUAAACACAAGAAUUUAUUCAAUAAUAGUAACUUGCUUAGGAUUCAUGGUGUAUCCAAUAGGCACAACU